AUGAAUAUAGUCCUUUACUUAAAUGCUAAAUUAUCUCAACAGUUACUUCAAUCAACGGAUCAAACUGACGGCUUUUAUUUAAGUUUUAUGGGAUAUAAAUAUUUUGGAGAAGAACUUAAAGAUCAAAAUUAUGAUGUUGUAUAUGAUUGUGUUGGUGGUGCAGAACAAUGGAUAUCAGCACAAAAAAUAUUAAAACGAGGUGGAAAAUUUAUCACUAUUGUUGGGGAUGAUACAUCAUCUGUUAUUUCAUUAAAAACAUUAAUUGAAAUGGGUUUUAGUAUAGUAAAUAGAAAAUUUUGGUCCGUUUUUGGUUUAGCUCAUCAUGAUUAUAUACGUCAUGUAUUAUCUGAAAAUUUUCAAGAUCUUGAUGAUAUUCGAACAAAAUUCAUUGAAACGAACAAAGUUAAACCAUUGAUUGAUACAGUAUUUGAUUGGCGAAAAGAUGGUGUAGAAGCUUUAUAUUCGCUUUAUGAAAAAUCUAAAAGUGGAAAAGCACAAGGAAAAUUAAUUCUUAAAAUAGCUGAUGAAGAAUAA